AUGUCUGGCGCACGGCUGAUUGGCCAGGUCCUCCUCAUCGGGUCCUCCAUCGUCGGCAAGGCCUUCUCCGAGGCAUGGAAGCAGGCGGCGAGGAACGCACGAGCAGGCGGCGAGGCAGCGACAGGUGCAGCAGGCGGAGCAGCGAGGGGUGGCAACGUCGACGCCUUGACGCGCAACCACGGCAUGACCUUCGACGAGGCGGCCAACAUCCUCAACGUCAAGCGCGGCGCGAUCCAGGCUGGUGAAGAGACAGAGUUGCAGAGGAUGCUCAAGAACUUCGACCACCUCUUCCAAGCCAACUCGCCCCUGACAGCCGAAGGCAAGCCUCACUCGUCGCACUACCUCCAGUCCAAGAUCGUGCGGGCAAAGGAGCGGUUAGAGGCAGAGUUGGCGGCGGCGGCGAAGGGUGCGGGAGAGGCGGCAGCGGCGGAGACGCCCAAGACUCCUGGGGGAAGUGCGUGA